CUUCCUCCACCAAAAUAAAUAAAUGAAGGGCAGCUCGGGGCAAGCUGCCGGGGAGCCUGGAAGCCUGGAAGCCUGGAGCAGCUCGCGGGCGGCUCGCAAGCGGCCCCUCCCCUUGGUGCCGGGACCGCGGCUGGCGCGCGGGCGGCGGGGCGCCCGGGAAAGGCUCUCCUUUGUGAGCACGGCCCGGGCGCGCGCCGGCAGCGCGGACGUACUGGCGGCGGCGGCGGACCCGGGCACGCGCCCGCGCCGAGCUGCCCCGGGCUCCGGAGGCCUCGCCUCCGGCUCCGAGCGGUGGCUCGAGCCUGCACUGUCCCGGCGGGACCGAGGACUGAGAAGAGUUCUUCGACAUUCGGAUCUCCCGGGCUUCCCUGGGUCGGUGGGGAGUGGUGACGGAGGAAGCCAACCCGCCUCUGCCUUUCUGCCAGCCUCUCCGGAGGAGAUUACAGACCCGCCGCUUUCCCAAGACUCUGAGCUUCCGGCGCCGGCUCCCAUCUUGCAGAUAGCAAAGUUUCAGUGCCCACCCCCGACCCAACUUCAACCGGGGGAGUGGUCUGUCCCACCCCCCGCUGCUCCCCAGUUCCAGCUUCAGGCUUCUCAAGGUAGCAACUGCCCUUGGAUUUGCUCCAGCUUUUCUCCCUGACUGGAAGUCAUUCAUCUAAAAUAUUUCUU